UGGCUAAAUUGGGGGAAGAACAAAAACAAAUACACAAACUCUAAAUUCUAAAACCCUGAACCGGAGGUUUUACGGCCUCCCAUAUCUGCUCCAGAGAAAAUGAUGCUCGGAAUCCGAUCACCCGCCGCCGUACGUGUGGCGGUUCGGACUCUGAGAUCCUCUGCUAACCACCGCGGCUGCAUCAGCAGCACCAGAACGAUUGUUUCUCAUCGUUAUCGCUUCAAUAUUAACAUUAAUCCGCCAUUAGCUUCCAAUGCUAACCCCUACCUUGGUCCGAGAAAUAAUGGCUGGAAUAUUCGCCUGUCUUCAAUUAAAUUGUACUCGACCUGCUCGGAAUCCAGUGCUUCAACUCCCGGCGAUGAUGCUGCUCUGAAAUUCAGUAGUGGCGUCGAGAAUGGUGGAGCUGAUUCCGAGGCGGUGGCGGAUUCUGUUGCAGUGCGGAAUGGCGCGAUGGAUGAGGCGUAUUAUGCAAUUGAAUUGGCGUUGGAUUCGGUGGUGAAGAUAUUUACGGUGGCGAGUAGUCCGAGUUACUUCCUUCCUUGGCAGAAUAAGUCUCAGCGCGAAUCCAUGGGCUCCGGAUUUGUUAUUUCGGGGAAGAGAAUCCUGACGAAUGCCCAUGUUGUGGCCGAUCAUACUUUUGUCCUUGUUAGAAAGCACGGCUCUCCCACCAAAUAUCGAGCAGAAGUCAAAGCUGUUGGUCAUGAAUGCGAUUUGGCUAUCUUGGUGGUUGAGAAUGAAGAGUUCUGGGAAGGAAUGAACUCUUUGGAGCUUGGUGAUAUUCCCUUUCUCCAAGAAGCUGUUGCGGUUGUUGGUUAUCCUCAAGGUGGAGACAACAUUUCCGUUACGAAAGGGGUUGUCUCGAGGGUUGAACCAACACAAUAUGUGCAUGGUGCGACACAGCUAUUGGCAAUACAGAUCGAUGCGGCUAUUAAUCCAGGAAAUAGUGGAGGCCCAGCGAUAAUGGGUGACAAAGUUGCUGGAGUGGCAUUUCAAAACCUUUCAAAUGCAGAGAACAUAGGUUACAUUAUUCCUGUGCCUGUGAUAAAGCAUUUCAUUUCGGGUGUCGAAGAAACUGGAGACUAUGUUGGAUUCUGCUCCAUGGGUUUGUCCUGCCAACCUACCGAAAAUGCACAACUUCGGGAACAUUUUAAAAUGCGUCCUGAUUUAACAGGAGUACUCGUGAGUAGAAUCAACCCAACCUCUGAUGCACACAGAGUUCUAAAAAAAGACGAUAUUAUCCUUUCGUUUGAUGGUGUUCCCAUAGCAAAUGAUGGAUCAGUUGCUUUCCGGAACAGAGAGCGAAUAACAUUUGAUCAUUUGGUCUCUAUGAAGAAACCAAAUGAUACUGCCCAAGUUAAAGUAUUGAGAAGUGGUGAAGAGCAUGAAUUCACCGUCACCCUUCGUCCAUUACAUCCUCUUGUUCCAGUUCAUCAAUUUGAUAAGCUUCCAAGUUAUUUGAUUUUCGCUGGACUCGUGUUUGUUCCAUUGACACAACCAUAUCUUCACGAAUACGGAGAAGAUUGGUAUAAUGCUUCUCCCCGUCGAUUAUGUGAACGAGCGCUAAGAGAACUGCCCCAGAAACCUGGUCAACAAUUUGUUAUUCUCUCUCAGGUACUGAUGGAUGAUAUAAACACGGGUUAUGAACGCCUUGCUGAUUUACAGGUGAAGAAGGUGAACGGAGUAGAAGUGGACAACUUGAAACAUUUGAGACAACUUGUGGAAGACGGUGGAAACGAGAAUGUUAGAUUCGAUUUGGACGAUGAAAGAGUAAUUGUUCUGAACUACGAUUCGGCAAAAACUGCCACAUCUCGUAUACUAAAACGCCACAGAAUACCUUCUGCCAUGUCUGAUGACCUUAUCGAAGAACAAGACGUUUCGGUUAUUGAGGUCGCUUGUUCUAAGUGAGCUUUCCUAUUUUUCGGUUCAGUUAAUUUAUUCCAACAUCUGUCCAGAUCUCAUUUAUUUAUUUAUUUUAAAUUAUUUAUAUACGUUUUCGGGGCAGUGUAAAUUUUGAUCUUGGUGCAAAUUCUUAAAUAUUUGAAAAACAUGAACUAAUAAAUCGAAAAGCGAAUAUUCCCAUUCCAA